GCUAUAUAUACCCGGGCAGGCGCCGCGCUCUACCUGGCCGCCGCCACUCCGGCACCUGCAGAGGGAGCGCGGAACAUGGCUCCUUGGCCUGAGCUGGAAAAUGCCCAGCCCAAUCCCAGCGACUACAUGGAAGAGGCCUCGAGUCAGCAGUCCCCCACCACUGACAAAGGCAAGGGCACCCACAAAAAUGGCAGCAAGGCCCCUGUCACUAAGAUUGAACUUCUGCCAUCCUACUCCACGGUGACACUGAUAGAGGAGCCCACAGAGGUGGAUGACCCCUGGGACCUGCCUGCACUUCGGGACACUGGGAUCAAGUGGUCAGAGAGGGACACCAAAGGGAAGAUCCUCUGUGUCUUCCAAGGCAUCGGGAAAUUUCUUCUGCUCCUGGGGUUUCUCUACAUGUUCGUGUGCUCCUUGGAUGUCCUCAGCAGCGCGUUCCAGCUGGUUGGAGGGAAGGUGGCCGGACAGUUCUUCAGCAACAACUCCAUUAUGUCGAACCCUGUGGCUGGGUUGGUGAUCGGGGUGCUGGUGACCGUCCUGGUGCAGAGCUCCAGCACCUCCUCAUCCAUCAUCGUCAGCAUGGUGGCCUCCUCACUGCUGACCGUGCGGGCAGCCAUCCCCAUCAUCAUGGGGGCCAACAUUGGGACCUCAAUCACCAACACCAUCGUGGCGCUCAUGCAGGCGGGAGACCGGAGCCCCUCCCACAGGGCCUUUGCAGGUGCCACCGUGCACGACUUCUUCAACUGGCUCUCCGUGUUUGUGCUCUUGCCCCUGGAGGCUGCCACCCAUUACCUGGAGCUCCUGACCAACCUGGUGGUGGAGACCUUUCACUUUAAGAGUGGAGAAGAUGCCCCAGCACUUCUGAAAGUCAUCACAGAUCCCUUCACGAAGCUCAUUAUCCAGCUGGAUAAAAAAGUUAUCAACCAAAUUGCAAUGAAUGAUGAAGCCGCGAAAAACAAGAGUCUGAUCAAGAUAUGGUGCAAAACUUUUACCAACGUGACUCAGAUGAAUGUCACCAUCCCCUCCCCUGAAAAUUGCACCUCCCCUUCUCUCUGUUGGACGAACAAUACCCACACUUGGACCAUCAAGAACGUGACCUACCAGGAGAACAUUGACAAAUGCCGGCAUAUCUUUGUGAAUUUCAACCUCCCGGAUCUUGCUGUGGGCAUCAUUCUGCUCAUAAUCUCCUUGCUGGUCCUCUGCGGCUGCCUGAUCAUGAUUGUCAAGCUCCUGGGCUCUGUGCUUAAGGGACAGGUCGCUGUUGUCAUUAAGAAGACUCUUAACACUGGGGCGGUCAUGACCUUCAUCGUGCAGAGCAGCUCUGUGUUCACGUCUGCCCUGACCCCGCUGAUCGGUCUUGGUGUGAUAAGCAUCGAGAGGGCAUAUCCGCUCACGCUGGGCUCCAACAUCGGCACCACCACCACGGCCAUCCUGGCUGCCUUGGCCAGCCCGGGCAAUACAUUGCGGAGCUCCCUCCAGAUCGCCCUGUGCCACUUUUUCUUCAAUGUCUCCGGCAUCUUACUGUUUUACCCGAUCCCAUUCACUCGCCUGCCCAUCCGCCUGGCCAAAGGCCUGGGAAACAUCUCGGCCAAGUACCGCUGGUUCGCCAUCUUCUACCUGAUCUUCUUCUUCUUCCUGAUCCCGCUGUCGGUGUUCGGCCUCUCGCUGGCCGGCUGGCCGGUGCUGGUGGGCGUGGGGGUGCCCAUCCUCUUCGUCCUCCUCCUGGUGGUGUGUCUCAAGCUCCUGCAGUCCCGCUGCCCCCGCAUCCUGCCUAAGAAGCUCCAGAACUGGAACUUCCUGCCCCUGUGGAUGCACUCGCUGAAGCCCUGGGACAGCGUCAUCUCUUCAGUCACCAAUUUGUGCCAGAGGCGCUGCUGCUGCUGCUGCCGCAUAUGCUGCCGUGUGUGCUGCCUGAUGUGUGGCUGUGGCAGGUGCUGUCGCUGCAGCAAGUGCUGUGAGGACUUGGAGGAGGUGCAGGAGGUGCAGGGCAUCCCCAUCAAGGCCCCCAAGGCUUUUGAUGACAUAAAAGAGGUCAAGUCCCCAGCCAAUGCCCCAGGCCCAAAGAUCACCUCUGGCAGUACUGCCUUGUAGAGGGGCCCAGAGGCAGGGGAAGGAUCCCAGGUCCCACUUUUUCUGCUCCCUCCCCAUCUGCACCCUUCUACCUUCAGAAGAUCUGGCCCCUGUUAACCAGUGGAGUUGUCACCGGUCCUCACUCCCUGCUGCCCACCCUGUAUACCAGCCUGUGGGCCGGUGGUGUCUCCGCCUCUGGCCCCUUGGUUUUCUACUCCCAGGAAGGCAUGGGCCACACUGAGGGAGAAUCAGACAGUGAGCCUGGCUGGAGAGAUAAUCAGAUCUGCACCUGACCAGGAUGCUCAACAGGACCUUUUCCAAACAUAAACCUUCCUCUCUGUUAGGAAAAUGCCCCAGAGAGGAGUGUAUGGAAGGUUCUCAAAGGUGGAUAGGAGUGUGUAUGCCUGUGCGUGCACAGAGCUCAGGCAUCUCUUUCACCGAAGUGUACCUUCAAGCUAGAGUGCUGCUCCCAGCCAGAAUUGCCCCAGAUCCAGCAGUUCAGGGAAUAUGGUGUGAUUGUUUGGAAACUUGGGGACAUCCAGAGGUGAGGGUCUGCCCCAUUUCCUAGUGUUCUGCAAUUCCCUGUCAAGGUCCCUCACCUGGGCAGGUGUAGCAGCCUUUCACCCGUGUGGUCUCAGUGGAACAGGUCUCCAUCCCUCUCUGCCUCCCCCCACUGCUGU